AUGUUAGAAGGAAAAUUCGAGCAAGCCUCGACCAUGAAAAAGGUCAUCGAAGCCAUUAAAGAUAGCGUCAAAUUAUGUAAUUUCAAUUGCUCUCAAUCGGAUGGUAUUACAGUUCAAGCCAUUGACGAUUCCAGAGUCCUACUUAUUGCACUGAAAUUGGAUCCUAGCUGCUUCCAGGAGUUCAGAUGCGACAAAGAUUCGGUUCUUGGACUCGAUUUAGAGUCUCUAGGUGUGAUUCUAAAGCAGGGUAGCUCUAAUGAUAUCAUGACUUUGAUUGCCGAGGACAAUCCAGACGUUCUUUUGCUUGUUUUUGAAGACCAUGAAAAGGACCGGAUUUCGGAGUUUUCCUUAAAGUUGAUCGACAUUGACUCGGAUGUUCUUACUAUCGAUGAUAUGGAUCACGAUUGUUCCAUUUCUAUGCCUUCUGCAGACUUUGCAAAGGUUGUUAGAGACAUGAGGACUUUGAGUGAGUCCUUGCAGAUUUUGGUUACUAAGGAUUCUAUCAAAUUUAAAGCUGAUGGUAGUAUUGGUACUGGUUCGGUGAUUUUGAAAGCUCAUACUGACUUGGAUGAUACCAAGAAGUCGGUUAGAAUCGAUAUGAAUAAGCCUGUCAAUUUAUCGUUUGGAGCAAAGUAUCUGAACGAUAUUGUUAAGGCUUCUUCGUUGGCUGACACUGUUAAUAUCAAACUUACCGACAAGGCUCCGGCUUUGAUUGAGUAUAAGCUUCAGGGAGGAUAUUUGAGGUAUUAUUUGGCACCUAAGUUUGAGGAUGAGGAGUAG